GAGUGUGAGGAAGGGAGAAGGCGUCGCGAUUUUCUCCUCAUUUUUUACAUUUUUGUGUUUUUUCGGGGUCUUCGCCAGCAGCUAUGGAGAGCGACUGUACGGAUUAAUGUGCCUUAAAAGAUCCGCGGCUGGAUUUACCGCAUUUCUGGAAAGAAAUACGUCUGUUUUGCCAAUCUGUUCCGGAGUGCCAUGAAGGAGUAAACCUUCCACAGAGGUGCCAUGCUCGCCACACAAACACCAGAGACGCCACCCGAGGCGAAAGAUGUCAAACAGAUCAAGGAGAGGUUAGCACAGUCGCUCAAGGCCUUGCAGAAGCGAUAUGUGACGUCGGACGCGGUGGUGACCAGCGAAGAUGGCGACGCUAACCUCCUCUGCUGUGCCCUGGAAGCCAUUUUUAUCCACGGUAUCAAGAGCAAGUACAUCCGCUCCGAGGCGGCGGGCCGCAGUCGUAAAGUGGCCCUCCCUCAGCCGUUUUUCUGGAGUCUCCUCAAGACUGUCACCCACCGGGAUGUGGUCACAGAGUUGGAGAAAAUCAGCUUUGUGGGCACGGAUGUGGGUCGCUGUCGAGCCUGGCUGCGGCUCGCCCUCAACCACGGCCUCCUGGAGUGUUACCUGGCGUCCCUGUUCCGGGAAGACUCGGAGCUGCGCGCCCAUUACCAGCCCAGUGCCUUGCUCCUGAACCCGGAGGAGCGGGAGGUGCUGCUCAGCUACCUCCAGGGUCUUGCUUCGCUCACGUUCAGCCUGUCGUACAAGUCCGCCGUGCUCAACGAGUGGACCACCACGCCUCUGGCUCUCGCCGGACUCUGCCCGUUCUCCCAGGCGGACGUCCUGGACCCGCCGGCCAACGGCGGGGCUCACGCCUUCUCCAAGCCGCCGUGUAAAGAACUGUGGGACUCGGCGUCUCAGUCGUCGGGCUCCUCCGACACGUUGGAUAAAGUCUGCCCGGUGUUAGUUGCGAGGGGUUCGGAGCCGUUGCAAGGCGGCAGGACGGCCCUCCACUCCUCGAAUUUAAGCCUGGAUACCAGCGGCUCCUCUCAGCUGUCGUCCAGCCUGAGCUCCGACAGCCUCCUGCAGGGGCAGGACCCGCGCGGCCCGGCAGGCGAGCAGUGGUCGCCCUGCGAUCAGGACACUCCCAUCAGCGUCAACCUCUGCACCAAGGGGCCACAGAAGAACUCGCUGACUGAUCUCCGGGAAAGUGGCCACUGCAGUCAGGACUCCAUGCCCGAAGACUCGUUGGUCUCCAGCAGCGGCGCCGACCAGUUCUCAGAGACGGCCCUCUUCAGCAGCUCAGACAGCGAGAUCCAGGGUUCUUCGGUGCCCUCCAACGAUCCCGAGGACCUGCUGCCGUCCGGCGCGCCGCCCGACCCCGAGCCACCGCCAGCGCCUGCUGUCGAGAGCGCGGACGAGGAGCGUUCCCCUGCAGCCUGUGAGAGCGUCUCGGCCGAGGUGGAGACGGACGAGCUGCCCUCAGUCGGGGAGGAGACGCACCCGGCGGGUGUUCAGGAGGAGGGUCCAUCUGUCCCCGAAAGGACGGAACCCGCCACACCGGAGAGGAGCAGCUCCGACGCCUCAGAGCAUCAGGCUCCACGCCGCUCCGCCAGCAUCCUGAGCAAGAGGGAGUCCUCAGAGUCACUUCCGCACUCUCAUUCCUGGAUCUCAGAAGAUGAUAUCUACAAGCCUCAUCUGGAGGAGGUAGCCGACAGCGAGGACGUGUCUUCCUCGGCGCCCGCGGCGGACGAGCAGGUCUCUCCGUCGCCUCCCAGCGUCGUCCAUCGCAGACAGAUCGGGCUGUCGAACCCCUUCCGAGGCCUGCUGAAGCUGGGCCACCUGGAGCGGCGCGGCGCGAUGGGAAUGUGGCGCGACUACUACUGCGAGCUGUCGCCCUUCGAGUUCCGCCUGUACGUCGACGCCGAGGAGCGCACGUGCUGCGACAACUGCUCCCUGCUGCGCUGCGAGGACGCCUGCGUCACGUACCCGGAGGGCCGCUUCGAGCUGGCCUUCUCCGGGAAGCGGCUCUACCUCCGGGCCGCCAACCGCGACGAGGCGGAGGACUGGGUGGACCGGAUCGUGGAGGCCGUGAACAAGUGCCGGCCGGCGGCCCGGGCCGACGAGCAGUGGGAGGUGCUGCAGCCCUGCGGCGAGAACGGCGCGGAGGAGAGGCUUUCGUCCCCCUCCUCCGCUCCGUCCAGCCCCGAGCGCCGCCUCUCCUCCUCUGACUCGGGCACGGGCGCGACGCAGGAGGCUCCUCCCCCCUCACUGGAGCUGGACUGGAAUCGAACCGCCGACUUGGAGACGGACGCCAUCAAAGAGGCGGUUUUGUACUGUUCGGUGGACUCGGAGGCUCGGACCUGGACGCCCAUGGUCUUCUCCCUGUCCCUGGAGGCCUUGAAGGGCUUCAAGGUGCACGAGGGAAGGAAGCUAAUGCGGCUGAGCCACCCCAUCGGGGACAUCCGGGACGUCGUCCCCGACGUGUCUCUGGGCGGACCGGCCUUCUUCAAGCUCCUGACAGUGAGGGAGACGCUCCGCCUGAGGGCCGAGAACCCGGAGGAGGCUCGCUCCUGGAGGGCUCUGGUCCGCGGGGCUCUGGACUCCUACCUGGAGUCCGGGGAGGACGGCGGCUCGGAGGAGCCCGCCCUGGUGCCCUCGGGCCUGACGGGAAACCUCCACAGACUGGUGCAGCACAGGCUCAAGGAAGACGGCGUCCUCCUGGCUCAUCUCUGCACGGUUCCCUCAGAGAAAGGACUGGACGCUCAGAGCUUCAAGUGCGCAGGUUGCCCCCAGCAGAUCGGCCCGUCGCGCGGCAGAGCCAGGCUGUGCGAGUUCUCCGGCCGGUACUACUGCGACAGCUGCCACACCGGGGAGACCACCGUCAUCCCCUCCCGCAUGGUGCACAACUGGGACCUCACGCCACGAGAGGUGUCGGUGAAAGCCGUGCAGCUGCUGGCUCAGGUGGAGCAGGAGCCUCUGCUGAACCUGGAGCAGCUGAACCCCGAGCUGGUGAAGCACUCGGAGUCCAUGGCCCAGGCUCAGGGCCUGCGGCAGAAGCUCCGCCUGCUGGGAGACUACCUGCUCACCUGCCGCAGCGGAGCCUGCAAGACGCUCCAGGCCAGAAUGGGGCAGCGGACGUACCUGCUGGAGUCCAGCCAGCUGUACAGCGUCCUGGACCUGCGCCAGAUAGCAGAGGGCCAGUAUGCACACUUCCUGCUCAGGCUGCUGCAUUAUGCGUCCAGCCACGUGUUCCAGUGCGACCUUUGCACCCAGCGGGGCUUCUUCUGCCAGAUCUGCCACUCCAAUGACAUCAUCUUCCCUUUCCAGUUGGAGACCACCACUCGAUGUAAAGAUUGUAAAGCCGUGUUUCACCUGGAGUGUAAACCCGCCGGCCGCUCCUGUCCUCGCUGCGAGCGAAUGAAGAAGUACCUGGAGCGGGACCUGCAGGACUGAGAGCAGCCGCGGUGGGCCGGCGGGGAGGAACGGAAAAUCUAGCUUUUACAUGACCUAACCUCAAGUGCAAUUACGAGUGACUGAGCAGAAUAGAGAAGAAGUGCUGCAGUAGCUCCACUCCCUUGCACUAACGCAGAAGCACUUCGAGCCUUGUGAUGCUGACCUCACAGCCAAAUGUUACUGAGCAGUGACUUGAAUACCUCUGUGACGGCGGAGCUCGCUGCUGCCACUGGGAAUCCGCUCAUUCUUCACAUUCUAGUUCUUAAACGCCAUGUUUACAGGAGUGGGCUCUGCAUUUCAGAUGCACACACACUCACACACACACGGACAGCAGUGAAGCCGAGGGAAGCAGCACCUCAGAUGUUCCAGUUAACACGUUUUGAUUGUGCCUUCUUUUCUUUUUUAAUUUCAGAUUGAAGCUUUACACUAUUUCCUCAAAACACGUCGCCUAGACGGGUUUUUUUUUCUUCUGUUUUCAUAACCAGGAGGUGAAAUCACACCAAUGCAUUACAUAUUUUUGAUUCAGUGUAAAUAUGAAGACUUUCUCUUUGUGUAUUAACUCUGGAACUGGCACUACAAAUGUGAUCCACACACAUUACAGCAGUCCCAAAGGUCCACAGAGGAAAUUUAAAAAGUGUUUUGCUAUGCUGCUUGUGUGCUGUGUCACAAUAAACCCAUUCAGAGUGAAUAAUGAAGCAAACGAGUCGAAGAUUAGACACGGUGGUGAUGAUCUAGUUUUUAGGGGAAUUAUUGGAGUACACAGUUUCACUGAAGUUCCUUUUUCUUUUUCUUUCUUUUUUUGCAUAUUUGCACUCAAAAACGACUGUUAAGAAAACAUUUCAGCUCGUUGUCAGCUGUCAUUUCUCUGAGCACAUGAAAGUAAUGUUUCUUAACUUUUUGAGCUUUGGUGGACUCGGCAAUCACAGCAAGUUAGUGACACAUAAAGAUGAAAAUGUGAGAAUAAUCUUAAAACAUUGAAAAGUUUUGACUUUAAAGUUUUGACAGUGAAGCUAUAUUUUAAUUAAUUUUGUUGAAAUCUUAAGGAAAAAAAUAUUUUGGUUUAAAUAAUUUUGCAUUUAAUCUCAAGUUUUAAGAAUAAAGUUGAAAUAUUAAGAAAAAUGUCCAAUUGUAAUUUUCUGAAAGCCUGAAUGAGCGAUGUAUUGAUUAGUUUUCUUGAAGUGGAGCUGAUUUGCUGUCAUCGUUGAUCCAUCCAGACACCCCAAGAGCUUCUCCGACUCUGAAGAGAGCAAAUGUCGACCAAGGUUUACUUCUUCAGUAAACUAUGCAGAACAUAUCACAUCCGAAUGGGAAACUCACAAUACUGUAGUACUGUUAUAAUUCAGGUCUGUAUUUAUUUCAUCUCACCACUGAAGAUGUACAACUGUGGGAAUAAAUGCCUGUGUGUUA